AUGGGAAAUUGCACAAAGCCAUCCAUGAGAAACAAAAUGAAAAAGGACAGAGACCUGCGUCCAGAGGAAAUUGAAGAGCUGAAAGAGGCCUUUACAGAGUUUGAUAAGGAUAAGGACGGCUACAUCAGCUGCAAGGACCUGGGGGAGUGCAUGAGGGCCAUGGGAUACAUGCCCACUGAGAUGGAGCUGAUCGAGCUGAGCCAGCAGAUCUGUGGAGGAAAAGUGGACUUUGAGGACUUUGUGGAUCUAAUGGGGCCCAAGAUGCUGGCAGAGACUGCAGACAUGAUCGGAGUGAAAGAGCUGAGGGAGGCCUUCAGGGAGUUUGACUCUAACGGUGAUGGGCAGAUCAGCCUGGCUGAGCUGCGGGAGGCGAUGAGGAAGCUGAUGGGGGAGCAGCUGAACCCGCGGGAGAUCGACGAGAUCCUGAGAGACGUGGACCUGAAUGGAGAUGGGCUGGUGGACUUUGAGGAGUUCGUCAGAAUGAUGUCCCGCUGA